GUCAUUGAACACGUGGUUCAGCCAUUGUUAUAGAAGUCUAUUAUACGUACCUCUGCUUAUAGCGGUGCGAUAGCCUACCAACCACACUGUUUUUAUUCUACCACAACUCCAUCAAGAUCCAAAUCUACUGUUUCCCAAAGCCAAAGGACACAACUACCUGUACCUCGUGACAGAUCUAGAUCUAGUGCUUACAUGCCUAGAAUGGCUUUGGAAGACUUAGUUGAUGAUGCUAUGAAUGACAGAGAGGAAAUGUCUGACAAUGAAGACUUUCGCUUUGGUGAUUUGGAUGACCCAGACGUAGUAGACCGCCUCCAUACCGUUGAUCAGCAAGUUUAUACACGCUCUGAUGCCCCUCCUUCCCAUGCUGAUCAGCUUAUGACUAUGAUGCAACAGCAGCAAGCUCAACUUCAAAAAGUACUUGAUGGACAACAAGCAAUGGAAUUACGUCAAAGUGUAAUGGAUACCAAACUGGCUAGUUUACAGGAACAGAUCCUUCUCUCUCAACACAUGAACUCCUCACCCUCAAGCAGCUCUGAUGGGAAACGAAAACGUGUGGUCACUCGCACAUUAUCCUGCAAAGUAUAUGCAGCAACUGGAUGUUCUGUUUGAUACAUCUGAAGUAUUCUCUUCCAGUCACAACAAAGGUGUUCAAGAAACAAUUGUGCAAGAGAUACAAGAUCAACCUGAAUGCAAAUUUAGUGACAAAGAUAUAAGACUUGCAGUAAGGAGAUGUUAUGAAAACCUAAGGCGGACAUUCCUUGAACAACAAUCGGGAAAAGAAGAGCUCGUUGAGCAACAGUCCAAACGCAGAAAGUAUCGUUCUCGGCGUGAAAGAAAAUUUCAAAGGCGGUCAUCUGUGGUAACAAAGAACGAGAUGGAUAAGUAUUGGAAAUUGCUCAGUCUGGCUUAUGUCACGGAAGAGAGUGAAGAUCCAGACAACCCCAAUGGUAUCAUUGAACACAAACUUGACUGGCGUUCUGAGAGACUUUCCACUUUCAUGAGCACACUAGACUCACGCAUUGCCAAGAAGCAACCUGCAUCUCCAGGGUUAGUGGCUAAAAAAGUACGGAAGCUGGGUGAACCUUCCAAUACUACACCACCGGGAUGAUGAUGCUCCUAAAUGGGCUGUCAACAGCGAUGUUAUUCAGAGUACAUCACGCAACAAAGAGAACGUCUCGCCAGAUGAUAAUGCUCAAGCUCGCGAUCAAGCUGUCCAGUGACAUGAACAUUGUGAACAUAAUUAUUGUGCACAUGCAUGGUUGUGAAAAAGUAUUGGAUGAUGUCAUUAAAAAAAUUAAUUUA